AUGGCAUCCGAAGGCGUAAGCAAGAUCUCCUCUGACGGGGACUCUAUCCGGGAGAAGCAGCCGGUUGACCAUGGAACUGCCCACAUCGAUCUCGAAACGGCCGGCGAAAAGGAAGGCUAUGUCCUGGAUGCAGCUCAGCUGGGCAACGCAGAAUUGAAGACCGCAAAAGAUGGGCAUACGGUUUUGAUUCCUCAACCUAGCUCCUCCCCAGCCGAUCCUCUCAAUUGGUCCGACUUCAAGAAGGCAGUGAUCUUGAUUAUAAUUUCUGCAACCGCAUUUUUGCCGGGACUAUGGAAGUGCAACGGAAUCUGGGGCAUGACGGAAGACGAGGUCAACCACUCCCAAGUCGGAAACGUCUUUAUGUUAGGCGCUGGUGGUGUUUUCGUCGUUGCUUUCUCGGCAUAUUUUGGAAGAUACCCCGUUUUGUUUUGGUUUCUGGUCAUAGCGUUGGCAACCGCUGUCUGGUGUGCCGCUGCGUUAAGCUUUGAGUCAUUCAUGGGUGGUCUUAUGUUUAUCAAAGACAUGUUUUUCUUCCAUGAGCACGCCAGAAAGAUCAAUAUCUGGUCAAGCUUCAUCAUCGUGUCGCCUUAUAUGGGCCCUCUCCUCACGGCCUUUAUCAUCAACACCCAGAAAUGGCAAUGGGCAUUUGGUAUAUAUUCGAUAAUGACAGGACUCUGCCUUAUCGCAGUGAUCCUUUUUGUUGACGAGAGCUACUAUGAUCGCAAGAUCCCCGCAGAUCAGCAACCCCAGCGUGGGAGCAGAUGGAAGCGAAUGAUUGGCAUUGAACAGUGGCAGAGUCAUCUCAUGAAAAACACCUUUAAAGACGCGAUGAUGCGCCCUCUAAUCGUUAUAUCUAAGCCUCCAGUCAUGGUCACGAUGUUAUACUAUCUUUUUACAUUCGCUUGGGUCGUUGGUAUCAACACCACAUUGUCGAUUUUCCUGGGACCGCUGUAUAACUUUGGACCAAAACAAAUUGGCUUCUUUUAUUUUACACCUGUCGUAGCCGCUAUCCUCGGUGAAAUCGCAGGCCACUGGCUUCAUGAUAUGAUUGCCAGAGUCAGCGCCCAGCGGAACAAUGGCCGUUUUGAGCCCGAAGCGCGCUAUGUAGCUACCUGGGUCUCCACGCCGUUUUUGGUCUCGGGUAUAGUCCUUCUCGGAUUCGCACUUGAAAGAGGCUACCAUUACAUGCUGGCAUCUCUCGGGUGGGGUCUCUACGUUUUCGGAAUUAUGAUCACCACCGUGGCUGUCAAUGCAUACGCUCUGGAUAGCUACCCAGAAGCGUCUGGCGAAGUUGCGGCGUGGAUCAACUUUGCUCGUACCACAGGAGGGUUCGUUGUGAGUUAUUUUAUGGUGGAAUGGGCGGGAAAGCAGGGUGCUAUUCGACAAUUUGGAACCAUGGCGGGUAUUUGUGGGUUCGCAUUUGUUAUGAUCAUUUUCUUGCAGAUUUUUGGCAAGAGGAUGAGGAUGUGGGCUGGACCAGUUAACUUCAAGACCGUUUGA